UUGACACGUGAUGAGCAAUAUGGCGACAUCUCGUGGUGGACGGAAAGUGAUCCUUAGCGACGAAGGCAAACGUGGUUCGGCUACGAAAAAGUCAAGUGUAUUUGAUCGUUUGGGAGCUCAACCACAGGAGACUGCGAAAUCGAGCUCCCACUUUAGGUAUCCAGAGGAUUUUACAAGUACAGCUCAGCCUGAUCAACGGAAUCUUUCUGUUCAAACACAAAGACGUACUAUGAAGAUACAGAGCAGGGUGGGAGAGCGCCGUGACAGCGCAAAGACUGAUCAGACCGCAGCUAAAAUCAUCGAAGAACCACAACGUGAUUUUGGAACAGUGAAGUUUAUUAUUGAAAAGCAAAUUUCUAAAGACAAACUUGUCAAAGCGGGUGUUAAACGUCCUCGUUCAAGUCAAUCUUUUAAGGAACUGUCAGACAUCUCAGAUGACGAAUCUGAAGAUCUUGUGAAAACUGCAGUUGCUGUAAAGCCUGUGGCAUCUAAUCCUAGAGACUUUCGGGAUCUUUCUCCUGUGCCAGAUGAUGGAGAGAAUAGAAAAGGUUCUAGAAAAGGACAAAGUGGACGCCUAAAACACAGAGACAGUAGUGAGCCAGAGAGUAAGCAACCAAACCUGAUGGCAGUUGCUGAGCAAAAAGGUGUGUCGGACAAGCAAGUGAGCAGAGAGAAAGCCAUCAAAGGAGAUACCACAGACAAUAGUGGAAAGCGGAAAUUAAGACUUGUGCGGCAUGCUCACUGUGGUGUUCAGGAAUUACAAAGUGAAACUGAGGAAAGCCCUCCAAAAAAGAAACCCAAUCUCAUGGCUACAUCAGACUAUAAGAAAGAAUAUGAACAGGAUUUGAGCAAUCCAGGUGGAUCUGGUGGAAGAGCUUCGGGCAGAACUAACAAGAAGCACAAAGAAAGGAUGAUUGAUGAUGAACAACGACUUGUGAAGGAGCCUAGUAAUGACAUCAAGAAAGAUCACCAACAAAAGAACAAAAGCAAAAAAGACAUUCCAGAGAGUGAGAAAAGCAAAGGAAAAGAGACCAAAGAAAAAACAGAAAAAACAGAAAAAAUCAGCAAACAAGAGAAGACUGCUAGAGAAGAAAGAAACUUGGUAACUGGAGACACAGACUGGGCAAUCAAAGCAGAGAAAGAGAGGGGACUGAAAGGAGUAAAAACAAAGAAAGAUAGAGACAGAGAAGAGAAAGAACAGGACAAACUGGGAAGGAAUGACAAGGAAGACAAGAGAGACAGAGAUGAAAGUAGCAGAGCUGCAAAGACAAACAGUAAUAGGAGUACCAAGACAGAGCGAUUGGAAAGUACAGCUGCAAAAUCAAAGGAUGACAAGCAAGAGAAAGGUACCAAGGCAGAGCAAUUGAAAAGUACAACCUCGAAACUGAGGGAUGACAAACAUGGCAAGGAUAAAGUAGAAAAAGUGAUUGGAGAAAAAGUUGAUAAAGCUGGAAGAGAAGAGAAAAGUAGCAAAGAUGACAGACGAGACAAAGACAAGCGUGACAAGGAUAGGAGUGCCAGAGAAGGAAGAAGCGAUAAAGAAGUCAAAGACAGGGAUUGGGAAGACAGAGAUAGAGGAGACAAGGAAAGGCGAGACAAGGACAAGGAAGGAAGGGACAAGGAAGGAAGAGACAAGGACAGAGGAAAGAAAGAAUCAAGGGAGGGCAGAGUGGACAAAAACAGAGGGGAAAGGGAAGACAAAGAGAGCAGCCAAGGAAAUAAGGAGAGUAGAGACAAAGACAGAGUAGUAGCUGACAGGAAAGAUGACAUGGCAGACCAAGUCAGAGGAGGCAAAGAAAUAAGAGUAAAGGGCAAACUUGAUAGAGAUGGUAAAGACAAAGACAGAGGAGACAAGGAACAAAGAGAGAAGGAGAGAAGUGAUAGAACUGGACGGGAGAGGGAUCGAGGAUUCAAGGAUAGACGGGAGAAGAAUGCACAAGAAGUGAGUAAAUCUGCUAAAGAUGGAAAAGAAAAGGAUAGAAGAGACAAAGAGGGACGAGAAGAUAAGGGCAACAAAGAUGCUAAAGACAAGACAAUGGGAAAUAGUGAAGGGAAAGAGAGAGCCAGCGCAGACAAGGAGAACAAAGAAACGGACAGAGGACAAAGUGAUGUUAGAGACAAAGACAGAGGAGACAAAGAAAGGAGAGAGAGAGACAAGUUGGAGAGAGACAUCCGAGGGUCGACCAAGGUAGACAAAGACAAGAGAGAUGAUGACAAAGGUGACAAGGGCAAAGAGGGACACAGUAAGGGCAAACAGAAAGACAGAGACAGCAGUUCUAGAGAAAGGACAAAGCUCAGUCCAUUUAAAGAAAGUAGUAAAGAUGUGUCGCCAUGGGACCAAGGCAAGCAGGAGUACACGUAUCUAGCUGGAAGUGAUUUUGAAAAGAAAUCAGCUAGUCCUGAUUCCAGCCGGAUCAGAAGAAGUAAACGGCCAAGGUCAAGUCCUUCAGUUAACCCAAAGAGCAGCAAACGCAGAAGACAGGAAUCACCCCUACAAGGAGACAAAGAAGAAUUACACACAAAACCUGACGCCAAACAAACGAAGUCUGACAAAACUUCUGUUAUUGUUAAAACUAGUGCUACAGCCGCAGAACUUGGAAACAACCAGGAAAGAAACGACACUAAGAAAUCAGGACUCGGAGAAAGAGAGGUAGCUGGCACCGCAACUGGUGAGGUGGCAAGAAAAGAAACAAGCCAUGUCUCUUCUCGAGAGAAGAUUGAUGUAGACAUUAUAGAUGAAGUGACAGAUAGUACUGUGUACCAUGCUGCUUAUAGCAAAGAUAGUGUGGCAGGUGCUGCUGACUUGUCAGAUAUGCCAGACAAAAAUACAGGUUGCACGAGUCAUGGAAAGAAGAGCCAAGAAAAGGCUAAAGAGAAAGACAAAGACAAGGAAAAGAAAGAAAGAACUAAGGAAAGGAGCAGAGACAAAGAUAAGGGCCAUGCAGAUCGCGAUUUGCCAGAGAGAGGGCGAGAACACAAGAAGACAUCUGGAAGUCGGUAUGAGAAAAAUGAAGACUCACGGCACAAAGAACGGGAUGGAAAGCGAGAGGGCCAUACAAAGGUACGAGCAGUUGGCGAUCGAGAGCGGUCAUCAUAUAGAUCUCGACGAGACAAAUCUAAAGAUCAAUCUAAUCAUCGAGAAAGGGAACGAGAACGAAGAGAUGGAGACAGUGAGAAGGACAGGAAGGAUAGUGCAGUGUCAUCUGAAUGCACUAAACAAAAGGAUAAUCGUGACAGCCGACUGGGUGUUGGGUCAGCCCCUCAGACUGAUGAUGACUUAGACACACUGUCCGAUACAGGCAGUGAUGCACUCUUGGAUGAAGAAACGAAGGCAAAGGAAAAACAAUGCCAACUGUUGGAGUCAAUGUCAGCUGCCCAACAGCUACUUUCAGGCAUUGAUUGGGCAUCUCUACAGAGUGGCAAAAGAGAGGCAGUGGUGGGUGAUUUUACCCACAGAAUGUCUCCUGCAGCUGUCUUUUCCAGGGUUGGUGUGUCGGCUGCUUUGGCUGGAGAGGAACUUUACCAACGGAUACAGAGAGUUUGCUUGGGGCAGUCUGGUGAUGACUCGAGUUCUUCACUCGAGGAUCAAACACAAAAGUGUGAACUUGGUGAUUAUGGAUUGAAUGGUCAGUUACUGACAGCAAGACGAGACAUGGCACUUCGAGCCAAACUCAGACAUCUUUCGAGCCAGGGUCCUCAUACAUCUCAGCCUCCGCCUGUGGAUAGAGAGUUGUACCAAAUGGCUCUAUCGAUAUAUCGGCAACAAGAAAGCGAUGGGACAAAUGAGACAACAAAGUCUGCAUACAAGUUGGUGCAUUCGAAAGUGGGUUCUCUGUUACUCAAAGCAUGAGCCUAAUUAGUCUCAAGAAUUUUGAGUAUACGUAGAUAGAAAUGAACUGCAAUUGCUAAAUAUGCGGAAAGGUCACGUCUUGUUUCCAGUUCAGCUAGAUUUGUUGGCGUUAAAAAUAUCAGUCAUUCUCCUUCUA